UUCCCCUCGCCCUACGGCCAAAUUGGGCUAGGCUGCCACGGCGAAUUUCCGCCACGCUCUGCCCUCUUCGUUCCUCCUAAGGCAAAGCUAGCCCACUCCGCUACGCCGGUCCACGCCACCCUAUGGCGGCUUGGCCAGUAUAUAAGCCAGCACGUUCCCGCCCCCGCCAUAGCAGCACCUUGCGUUGAGCUCCGCGCGCGCUCUUGUCUUGUUGGCCAUUGUAGCUGUAGUAGGCUCAUGGCAAUGCGCAUGGCAGCGGGAAGGGCCUGUGGCGCUUGGAGCGCGCAGCGCAUGCUGCUCCCCCGCCAGCGCGUCGACUUCUUCCGGCCGUCUCCCGCGGCGGCGACGCUACGGUUCGGCGAUCGUCGCGCCGUCGGGAGCAGAGUGAUCCUCUGCCUCGCGUCGGGAGGCGGUCGUCCGCGGGACGACGGCGGCGAGUUCGAGCCCACGGACUCGCCGUUGGAUUCGGACGGGCGGAUGGUCGACGAGGGCAUGGACACGCUGUGGCGGCGCAUCCGCGAGGUGGAGGCGGCAUCAGCUGACGAGGAGGACGAGGAAGAGCCAGAGUACGAGGGUGGCGUCGACGUCUUCGCGCCCCCGGCUGAGUGGACAGAGCUGGAGCGUCGGCAUUACGUGCUGUACGUUGCCGCCCUGCGCGAGGCACUCGGCGCCCUGUUCGCAUUGCUGGCGCGCGAGCGGCCGGCGUUCGGCGCGGCGGUCGUGGCGCUGCUGCUGCUCAGCGUGCCGGUCUCGGUGCUCCACGUCUCCGUGGAGCUGAUCAGGGCCGUGUACUCCAUGUUGGCCGCCGUGCACAACGGUACAAUAUAGUCGUAGGAUUGUACUGCAUGAUUGCGUACCCGUACCGAUGUACUCCUACGUAUGUUUGUCUUGUGCACGCGUUGGUUGUCCUUGUUCUGAAGGUGUAUUAGACCAACGGCGGAGACAGCAGGGGACCAGCAAGGGCCAAGGCCCGGGCCAACAUGCCAAAAAAAAAAAUUUAGAGCAGCAAUCUUUUGUUUCAGAAGUUGUGUGUUAUGCUGUUCUGGGCCUUGUGGCCCUCCCUAACUGAUGAGCAACAGCAAA